ACGCGUUUGCUUGAAACAGAACGUUCCAUGCCGCUUUAUCUUUCUUUUUAUAAUCUGUGUAUUCGUCCCCGAUCGUGAGGAUUUUUUUGCCGCUUACACAACAAUUACAACAAAUUAGAGUGAUAAAUACGACAAUAUUUUAAUAAAAUAAUAAGAAAUGGCGGCGCAGCUUUUCAAUCGUAUUGGUCAAGUUGGUUUGGGAGUAGCACUUGUGGGAGGUGUUGUCAACUCUGCUCUAUACAAUGUUGACGGUGGUCACAGAGCAGUCAUUUUCGACAGAUUUCAAGGUGUCAAAAAUUUGGUGGUUGGUGAGGGCACCCAUUUCUUCGUUCCUUGGGUACAAAGGCCCAUCAUCUUUGACAUAAGGUCUCGGCCCAGAAACGUUCCCACUAUCACGGGAAGCAAAGAUCUCCAGAAUGUAAACAUCACACUACGUAUCCUGUUCAGACCAGUGCCAGACCAGCUGCCCAAGAUCUACACAAUCCUUGGUGUAGACUAUGAUGAAAGAGUACUUCCAUCAAUCACAGCUGAAGUACUAAAGGCAGUUGUUGCACAGUUUGACGCUGGCGAGCUUAUUACGCAGAGAGAGGUUGUGUCACAGAAAGUGAAUGAGAGUCUGACAGAGCGAGCGGGCCAGUUCGGUCUUAUCUUGGAUGACAUUUCCAUCACUCACUUGACAUUUGGCAAAGAGUUCACACAGGCCGUCGAGUUGAAGCAGGUGGCACAACAGGAGGCUGAGAAGGCCAGAUUCCUGGUUGAGAAAGCUGAGCAGCAGAAGAAGGCUGCUGUUAUUGCGGCUGAGGGUGAUGCACAGGCGGCUGUUCUUCUGGCCAAGUCGUUCGGCAGUGCCGGCGAGGGUCUCGUCGAACUGCGUCGUAUCGAAGCCGCGGAAGACAUUGCCUACCAACUAUCCAAAUCCCGCAACGUUACUUACCUACCCCAAGGACAAAAUGUCCUCUUAAACCUCCCCACGCAAAACUAAAAUGCCGUUCAAAUAUAACUGAAAUUAUUGGAUAAUGUACAGUAAGAUAGGGGUUGGUUUGGUUCCGUGCAAUUGCAUUUUUACUUCCACAAAAUAAUUUAAGUAUGUUGCAUUUCCAAGACUAAUGGUAUGGUUCCACCAAUAGAUAGUAGUCAUUUAUUAGUUUUAUGAAAAAUUGUAAUUACACAUUACUAUACUUUUGUUGAAAACAA